CCCGCCUGCAUGGGCUGCCCCGGAGGCCGGGCCGCUGGGGACCCUGGCCACUGGCCCCUUCCCGCCGGAGCCCGGCCGCCUUCCAUCGUCACGAGGGCAGCCAGGGGCGGGUGAAGGCCUCUGAGCGCCAGGGAGGCCUCCGUGAUCGGCGCUGAGCUGGCCCAGGACACGGUGAGGAGCCCGAGGCUCUGCCGCGCUGACCCCCUCGCUGGCGCCGUGACCGGACUCGCUGUGGCUGCCGUGGCCCUCGCGUGGCUCGGGGCCCCGGGGAUGUCACUCGGGGACGAAGGCGCCUCGGGCGGAGAGCACAGCGAGACCCAGGGCUGAGCCCAUGGAGCGCACGGACGGGCCCCCUCAAGGCGGGGGCGCCAUGGCCAUGGACGCGGACGACGCGCUGGUCCUGGGCACCGUGCUCGCCAGCCUGGGCGCCUUCCAGCUCCUCUUCCACUUCGUCAGCUCCUGGCUCUCCGCGAAGGUGUCUCCGGGCUUCAGCCGCCUCGGCCCCGCCAAGAAGAUCGAGUGGAACUCCAGGGUGGUCUCCACCUGCCAUUCCGUGGUGGUUGGGGCCCUGAGCCUGUCGGUGUCCUUGUUCGACGAGGCCGCCAUCGCGGACCCACUCUGGGGCGACUCGCUGCUGGCGAAAGUGAACGUGGCCAUUGCUUCCGGCUACCUCAUCUCUGACCUGCUGGUCAUCGCUCGGCACUGGGACGUGAUCGGCGACAAGUUCUUCGUGAUUCACCACUGCGCCUCGCUGUACGCCUUCUUCUUAGUGCUGAGAGACGGCACGCUGCAGUACAUUGCGAACUUCCGCCUGCUCGCCGAGCUCUCCAGCCCCUGCGUGAACCAGCGGUGGUUCCUGGAGGCCCUGCAGUACUCCAAGCUCUCCACGGCCAACGUGCUCAACGGCCUGCUGAUGACGCUGGCCUUCUUCGUGGUGCGCAUCCUGCCCAUCCCGUCCUUCUACGGCUUCAUGCUCUCCGUGGCGGGCACCGAGGCCUACGCCCGGCUGGGGCUGCUGACGCAGUGCUCCUGGGUCGGCUCAUGCGUGGUCCUGGACGUGAUGAACGUCAUCUGGAUGGUCAAGAUCUCCAAGGGCUGCCUGCGCGUCAUCGCGCUCAUGAGGCACGAGAAAGCCGCCAGCGGCCUUCGCAACGGGAAGCUGGACUGAGCGUGGACCGCGGGGCCCGGCGGGUGGAUCCCGGCACGUUCUCCUGCUUCCGUGUCGAUUACACACCUCACCCGGGGUUCCAGUGUCUCCCUCCCUCCCUCCUCCUCUCUCUCUCUUUAAAUUUUUACCUGUAGGAAAGAGAAACUAAAAUUUUGUUUUUAAUCCCAAGGCUUCUUUCUUGGUUUUCCUGUGCAUCAUAAGCAUGGAGGCAGCGCGAAGGUCUGAAUAAAAGGUUAAAGUGG